UGAUUAGCAGAUUGAAGAAAUAUUUCUGAAUUCUCGAAAUCCUGCUCCUCCUGGCUUUGCAUCUAAGCCAUGGCCGAGCACGAGCCACUGAACGAGACACUGAGUCAUCCGAAUGGACGGAUAUUGCGAUCUAAUGGGCAUAAUGCACAGCUAGCAUCUAAUGGGAAUGGACAGCUGAGUCACAGCAAUGGCAAGGCGCCUACAAUUCAGGCGAACGGAACACAAACACAACACAUCGAGGCGCCCUGUUGUCGAGACAUACACGGCAAGGAGCCACCGGAUGGCGGUACAAGGGCUUGGCUGGUCAUGAUCAGUGCAUUCCUUUGCAAUGGAGUCAUCUUUGGAUUCAUCAAUACGUACGGGGUGCUGCAUACACUGCUGGCCAGUCGUUUGACGGCAUCAGGAGACACAGAGGCCUCCAGCAAAGCGGCUCUGGUUGGCUCCCUGGCCAUUGGCACCACAUUCCUGUUCUCCACCGUCGCUGGCUGCCUGACUGACAAGAUCGGACUGCGUCUAACCACUUUUGCGGGUGGAGUGCUGACAGCAGGUGGGCUCCUACUUUCUUCCUUCUGCACUGAGAACAUAAGUGCCUUGUACUUUACCUAUGGCAUCAUGUUCGGGCUGGGAGCUGCUCUGGCAUACACUCCCACGUUGGCAAUACUGGGACACUACUUCAAGAGGUAUCUGGGAAAGGUUAGUGGCUUUGUGACGGCAGGCUCCAGUGUGUUCACUGCGAUACUGCCCCCCUGUCUGGAGAGCUCUCUGAAGAGCUAUGGCCUGGAGGCUACCUUAAGGUUAAUGAGUCUGGGCGCUGCAUUUGUGAUACUGUGCUCGUUCGUCUAUAAGCCACUGCACCCGCCACCAGAGCCGCCCAAGAACAAGCCGGGACGUUCUCGAAUCAAUCUCUUCCUUCGCUCCAUUGUGAACGUGGAGAUCUGGAAGCGUACGCGUUAUGUGAUCUGGGCUCUGUGUGUCCCGCUGGCAUUGUUUGGGUACUUUGUGCCCUAUGUCCAUAUGAUGGAGUUCGUGAAGACUGUUUUUCCAGGCAAAGAUGUCAAUCUGCCGGUCAUGUUCAUCGGCAUUACCUCCGGCAUAGGGCGACUUAUUUUUGGCGUGAUCGCCGAUAUGCCAGGUGUGAAUCGCAUGUACUUGCAGCAGCUAUCGCUAGUUUGCAUUGGCUUGAUGACACUAAUGCUACCCUUGACUAGCUCGUAUGGGGUCCUGCUAUUCUUUGCCCUUCUUAUGGGUCUCUUUGACGGUUGUUUUAUUUCCCUUCUGGGACCCAUCGCCUAUGAGAUAUGCGGGCCAUCUGGAGCCACACAAGCCAUUGGAUUCCUGCUAGGUCUGAGUUCUAUUCCCUUGACGCUUGGACCGCCAGUUGCCGGCAUGAUCUUUGACAGCACAGGAUCGUAUACAGUGCCGUUCAUAUUGGCCGGUCUGCCGCCUUUAGUGGGCUCUUCGCUACUGUUCCUUGUUAAGUGUGUGAAGGAUGACCGUGACGCAGUUACCGAAGCGCCCAGAGCUAUAGCCUUGCCCAAUGGUGACAUUGAAACAGCGACAAAUGGUUCCAAAACCCAAACUCCGCUUAUGGGUAUAGCACAAAACGGAGUCAAAUCGCCUGCUCUGAGUAAUGGACACGGCGAUACAACAACUGAGAAACUCAACGACUCCGAAGGAUCGGCGUCCUAGGGGAAACAAAAAAUCGCCGUCGUCUUAUAACUCAAAAAUUCCACAAAAACUUUACCAAUUGAAAAGUUCUGCCAUUUUACAGUUGCUAACCGUGUGUCAUUAUCAACAUUGUCAUUAUUGUCGUCAUCGUCAUCGAGAUCUAGGAAGAGGCAGCUGGCGCAAAUCGAGGUGUUCAUUUUGUUUAAUAACCAACCGCACAUAUCAACUUUAGCGGAGACUCUCAUGUACGUGUACUCCAGGUACACUGCAUCCUAUUUAGGAUUAAGAGAUAAACUAUUUACUUAAGUUUUUUGAAUAAAUUUAACAAAUCUUAAA